GCAAUCCGAACCAAAUAAAUCAUGGACCCCCGUACCAUAUAUCACAGAGACGAUUGUGAGCAGGAUAUAGAACCCUAUGACUUUGCGAAUAUGUGCUAAUGAGAUAGGGAGGUGGAUGGCGUACCUCGGAUAUAUUUUCCAAGCUUUUACAAGAGCGAAUUAUUUGUUUGAAUGGCGAGGUCAAUUCAUCACUUUCGGCGGCCGUUGUAGCCCAACUCCUUUACCUCGAAUCCGACGCUCCAGAAAAAGCCAUAACUCUAUACAUUAACUCGCCGGGUGGCUCCGUCACCGCCGGUCUCGCCAUCUACGACACAAUGACCUAUAUCAAAUCACCCGUCUCCACUGUCUGCGUCGGUCAGGCCGCAUCCAUGGGCUCGCUUCUUCUAUGCGGAGGAGAACCAGGAAAAAGAUUCUGUUUGCCGCACAGUUCGAUUAUGAUACAUCAACCAAGUGGAGGAUAUUCAGGCCAAGCUACCGAUAUCGCGAUUCACGCGACGGAGAUUCUGAGGGUUAGAAAGAGCCUGAAUGAGAUUUAUAAGAGGCAUUUGACCAAGGAACACAGCCUGGAAGAAAUUGAGAGGAUGAUGGAGAGGGACAAGUUUUUGAGUGCGCAGGAGGCGUUGGAGAUGGGUAUUGUGGAUGAAAUUCUUGACAGACGGGAACCUGAAGGAAAGAAGGAGAACAGUUAGGAGUUAGGUUUCUUAGGGCUAUACAUAAUUCAGAAGAAACGUCCUGAAGGAUUUGAAGGUUCGACCUUGCGCUUUCCCUUCCAAGAAAGAUCGCGAGAUUCAGGCUUUGAUUAUUGCCCCAUAGCGUACGAGAUGCAUGUCCAGUUAUGGCUCAAGGCUCUUGGUUUCUUCCUUAGGGGCGAUAUUGUGUGGCUUUUCGAGGUUCUUAACUCACAAAAAUGUCUGGCGGGUACGGAAUCCGCGUUCAAUGAGACUGGAACCUCUCGCUCGAGUGGAGCGAUUAUCAUUUACGCCGCACAGAGAUUUCCCUGAUAAAUACUUUUUUUCCCCACAAGGCAUCACACAAUCAACUAUUUUCCUCCACAUUGGGAUCUUGAAUUACCGAGCACAUAUGCCAAAGUUGUUGGAACAUUAGUAUGAGGUCUAGCGUUCAUGAUUCAAAACGGAAUCCUGCUAUAUCUUAUCUUUGCAAGGCAUCACUCCCUCAACCUUAAAUCUUUUUAUCUACCCCUCUUUAUCAUUUAUUUUGCCGGAAUGCGUAUCUACUCCCAAUACUCCCAGUUCCAUUGCCACAGAAGAAAUUUAGCCCCUCUCUUUCCAACGUGAUCGCAUCAAUAUCUCGUUCUGUAUUCUCUCGUUUUAACUCUCCAAUAUGAUACCAACUGAGCUCAAUUCUUUCACAUACGACCAUAGACUGAAGAGAAUUGGGCAUCCCGUCCGCUCUGCCAUACACAAGCUUCAGAUCGGUGGAUUAGUAGUUGGGUGGGUGACCACCAGCGAAUCCCCACUGUUGUAUGUUCCUUUUGCA